UAGAAGUUGAGUAAAGGGAAUAAGUGGCGAGAAAAAACACUCCCGUUGCUAUCCAGAGCACAAUAAACCGAGGAUACUGACUCAUUUGCUGCCUCCCGCUGGAAGGUUUUGUUGGAGUUUUCACUCCCCCUUCAUCCGUCACAAUGUUGUGGUUUCUUCUAUUGCUCCCUACACUUUGCUGGAGCCAGCGUUCAGAGCCGAUGUUCUCAGCAGUUACCAAGUCCCUGCUUCCUCCGGACUACGAGAACAACCCCACCCAACUCAACUAUGGUGUCGCUGUCACUGACGUUGAUGGGGAUGGAGACCUGGAGGUGUUUGUUGCAGGUUACAAUGGUCCUAACCUGGUGCUGAAAUACGACCAGCAGAGAAGGAGACUUGUCAACAUUGCAGUGGACAAUCGCAGCUCCCCGUUUUACGCCCUGAGAGACCGCCAAGGCAACGCUAUUGGCGUAACAGCGUGUGACAUUGACGGAGACGGCCGGGAGGAGAUUUACGUACUUAACACCAAUAACGCCUUUUCUGGUCGCGCAACAUACACUGACAAACUGUUCAAGUUCCGGAACGGACGAUUUGAGGAUCUGCUGAAUGACGACAUUAAUGAACACAGGGAUGUGGCCAAUCGUAUGGCCGGACGUUCAGUGGCCUGUGUGGACAGAAAGGGCACAGGACGUUAUGCCAUCUACAUAGCAAACUAUGCCAGCGGCACCGUGGGCCCACAUGCGCUUAUUGAGAUGGACGAGGCAGCAAGCGACCUUUCGCAAGGCGUCAUCGCCCUCUCUAACGUGGCUGAGCAGGCGGGAGUCAACAAAUUCACUGGAGGCCGAGGUGUGGUCGUGGGGCCCAUUGUGAGCCAGAGCUACUCUGACGUCUUUUGUGACAACGAGUACGGACCCAACUUCCUGUUCCGAAACAACGGAGAUGGAACUUUUACUGAUGUGGCGCAGCAGGCUGGUGUGGAGGACCCCAUGCAGCACGGCAGAGGCGUAGCUCUUGCCGACUUCAACCGUGAUGGAAAGACUGACAUCGUUUACGGCAACUGGAAUGGACCUCAUCGUCUUUACAUGCAACUUAACAACCGUAAGCAGAGGUUCAAGGACAUAGCCUCGCAGAAGUUUUCCAUGCCAUCUCCGGUCCGCACCGUUAUUGCAGCAGAUUUUGACAAUGACAACGAGUUGGAAGUCUUUUUCAAUAACAUUGCUUACAGGGGGCCCUCGGCCAACAGACUCUUUAGGGUGAGCAGGCGAGAGCAUGGAGACCCUCAGAUAGAGGAGCUGAAUGUUGGUGAGGCUUCAGAGCCAGAAGGACGAGGAACUGGGGCUGUUGCCACUGACUUGGAUGGAGAUGGCCGUCUGGAACUGCUGGUGUCUCAUGGUGAAAGUGCAGCACAACCACUUUCUAUUUACAAAGUCAACCUUGGAACCUCAAACUCAUGGCUGCGUGUGAUUCCUCGGACCAAGUUUGGUGCUUUUGCUAGAGGAGCUAAAGUGGUCGUGUACACAAAGAGAAGUGGACCGCACACACGCAUCAUCGAUGGAGGGUCGGGCUACCUCUGUGAGAUGGAGCCUGUUGCACAUUUUGGCCUAGGAAAAGACAUGGCCACAAAUGUGGAAGUGUACUGGCCAGAUGGCGUCUCAGUUGCCCGACCCUUGGAACCAUCAGAGAUCAAUUCUGUGCUGGAGAUCUACUAUCCAAGAGAUGAUUAUGAGGUCACUCCCACUGUGGAAAUAGAGUGUGGUCCUGGCUUUACACUGAAUGAAAAUGGGCGCUGCAUUGAUAAAGAUGAGUGUACCCAGUUCCCCUCUGUGUGUCCCUCUGAUCGCCCCGUGUGCACCAACACCUAUGGCAGCUUUAAAUGUCGUGCCAAGAGGAGAUGCAACCAGGGCUUUGAGCCCAAUGAUGAUGGGUCUGCAUGUGUGGCCCAGGUGGCUUACUUUGGGAAGACGCGGUCCUCUGCGGAAUGCACAUGGUCGGCUCUUUCUCUCUGGCUAUCACCCAUCAGCGUGCUUCCUCUCAUCUCCAACAAUAUCCAGAGUGGAUUACUGUAGGCGUCCAUUUCCCCCACUUUACCAAGGAUGUACAGAAACUCUUGAAGAAAACAUUUAAUCCCCCUCUUCUUCACCCUAAAACAAACUAUGGAUCUGUGAUAUCAGUCGUGUUUUACACCAUGCAUCACUUUUGGGGUUCGACAGGAACUUACAAGGAGCAUGCUAGAAGUACACUGCGUUACAGCCGCAUAGGCCUCUUUUCAUUAUACAUUUAUCUCAUUGGGUGUUGAACUGAGUCCAAGUCGAUAGUGGUGGUUGCAGAGAAUCAAAACCACUGGACCAAACCGACCAGCUUCAAUGGCUGUAUUCAUUAGGGACUCAUUGAGGCUGGCGUCUGUACUGUACGUGCACAGUUCUGCUUUUGAGCUGACCGGGAUGCUGAGGAACACCAGGUUUCCAAGCUAUAAAUCGAGUGUUCAAAUCUGUGUGUGUGUUUGCGUGCGUGCGUGUGUGCACAAGAGAACAUAUGCCAGACCAUCUGUCAACAGUGAUGGGUUACAUUUCGUUAACUAAUAAUAAUUCUACACCACAAUAAAGAAGAAGAAAACUUUCCUUUUGAGUGAAGGCAUGAGGUUUAAUCUUGUUUACGAGAAUCCACAUGACCUCACAACUAAAAAAAAAAAAAUAAGCGAAGCACAAUUAUAUUUGAUUUCCAGCAACAUAAAUGUCGACGUGCCAGUGGACACUCCAGGCAUGCGCCCAGAAUAAAAAGAAAAUCAAAUAAAAAGAUGGCAUAUCUGCAAUUUAAUCCGUAACAUCACAUUUUUCCCCCCACUAAAUACAAUAUUAUUUUUCAUAUGAUUAGAGAGUGGUUAGCAUGUCAUAGUUCUAGGGCAUAUUUGUUUCAUUAUAAUAAUUUACUAAAGACGAACGUACUUAUUAUAAUGCAUUGCAAAUGACUAGACAUUUGGCUCCAUUUAGGACAGUCUGACAAUCAGUUAAAAUACAUCCUCACCGCUGUCUGUUAACUUAGUUUUACUCGGUUCUUAACGAACACAGCGCCAGUUUUGGAGCAUUUAAGUUCAAGGAGAAAAUCCAUUUUUAUGAAGUUACACGAUAUUCUCGAAAUAAAGUCUCCUUCUUGGAAAUCAAAUCAAACCCAAAUGACCAUUUAACGUCGCCUAGGGGAUUUUCCUGGCCAUUUCACAAAGGUCAUGAUGGCAGCAUAAAAGAUAGCGGUGAAAUCUUGCACUUUUAAAACUCUCUACAGUAGUUCUGAGCCUUCAACAUUUAUUUAAUUAACGCCGGUGUAGUUAUUUAUUGCUCUGGACAAAACACGGCAUCUUGCUCAUACAAAUCUAUUACCGCUUAUGAGACCAACAUUUACCGUAAUUUCCCAAAUAUAAGGCGCACCCGUGUAUAAUGCGCACCCCAAAUUUACUUGUAAAAUCUAUUGAAAAUUAUUAUACCUGUUUAUAACACGCACCUAAUUUUAGCACCAAUAAAUAGAAGAAUACAAGAAAACAGAGCUUGUGUACAGAUACAGAAAUGUCAUUUACUGACUGGUGAAACACAGCACAAGCAUAGCAUAUUGGUAGUUCAAAACAUUACCAUAAACUGACAAUAUUUACGGUAAUAAUAUGAUUUGACAACUUCUCCAACUUACCAGAAUCUAGGAGAAAACAAAACAGACGUAACUUUUCUUUUAAAGGCUGCUGUAUAACUUGCUCAUUUCAUCAUGAUCAAUAAAUGUUUCUUCCACGGAUUGAUACGGUAAAAUGAAAGUGAGAACAUAAGUCG